GCUACUCCUACUUCUCCUCGAAACUCCUCUCUACAAGAUACUUCUAACUCACCGACAACUAUUUCUCCAAACCAGCCUCUACGGAAUUCAAAACAAAAUUUUUUUUCUUUGUUUAAAAAGAGAGAUAUUUCGAACAGUAUAAAUACCAGCCCUACAACCCGUUCCAUCUCUGCACUACCUCAACAAUCACUGGUUGAUGCAAAUAUUCUCGCGCAUGAUAGCAAUUUGGACACUGCAGAAAAAAUCGUACAAAAUAACAAUGAUUUAGAAACUAUUCACAACGUAUCGCAAUCCAUCAUUGGUAGUGUUAGUGCACCAGACCUCCCUGCAUUGGACACUAAUGCGUUAGAUGAUGAGUACAAUGCAAUAUUGAAACAUCAAACCAGUGAUUUAGGCAAUCAUGCUUCUGAUGGAAAUGUUGGUUUGAUUAAUGACUUUUCCGAAGAAAAACCCUCAAGUAUCUCCUCAAAAAAACUUAAAAAAAGAAAAGACAGUAUAGCUUCUGAAAAAAUGUUUAAAGAAGACUCAGGGUUUAGGAAUACGAUGAAAAAUACUAUGCGUAAAACUUCUACAUUUUUCAAAAAACUUGGUAGCAAG